AGGAAUUUUAACAAAACGUGUUCAAUUCAUCGAAAAGUAUCGAUUUUAUAGGAAAAAGUAGGUUUGAAUAUUUUUUCAAGUAUGGAAGUAGAAGAAGAAGCCGUCAAACGAACGAGUGUUGAAAAAAGAUCCAGCAGUGAGCGUCGGUUUAGUCGACGUCGUUCAAGAAGUAGAUCAAGGAAUCGAAGAUAUCAAAGAAGUGCAUCAAGAAGUCGUUCUCCUAGCCCAUUUAGGCGUUCUGGAUUUCGUGGUGGCAAUCGCAGGUUUAUAAGACGUUCGCCAUUUAGAGGUGGCAGGAACUUCCGUGAUCGUUUUAGAAGAAGUCGUAGCACGUCGAGGUCUCGAUUUGAACGCAAAGAUAGACGACGUUAUGAAGGAAGACGAGGAUCAAGAAGUGAAUCUCCGGAAAGGAUUGACAAUUAUCGUCAUCAACAGCAACAACAACAACAGCAGCAGCAACAACAACAAAUGAAUUAUCCUAACGACCCAUAUAGCUAUAUGCAAAAUGUAGUUCCUCCUCAAGCACCUAAUUUUGGUGCAAUGAAUCAAUUCAAUAGUUAUGAUUUUCAGACAAAUUAUCCUCCACCAGCUCCAAACUUUAAUAUUUCAUGUCCAGCACCUCCAGGUAUUCACGGUGAGACUUGGAUACAGCCUAGUAUGCCAUCAAAUAUGCCAAUUUCUGAAGAAUCGGAAGAGGAAAAAAAGAAGCGUGACGCUGCAAUUGCUGAAGAAAAGAAGAGACAACGUGAAGAUUUAAAACGACAGCUGGAUCAGUAUAUAAGCCGUGCUGAGAAAAUGAAGAGAGAGCUAAAAGUAUUAAAGGAUCAAAAGUCUGACUUAUUGGAUGGCUUAGGAAAACGAUCACCAUCGCCAAAAACCAAUGGAUUCAUCAAGGAAAAUGAAAAACUUCAGUCUCAAAUCUCAUCGAAAUUGGCCGAGAUACUUGAUGUCAUCGACAUGCUGAACAAAAUCAUCAAGAAGGAUUCAGAUGAGGAGGAAGCUAGCAAGAAAAAGCCUAGUAAGCGAUCUAGAAAAUCAGAAUCUGACGACUGUUCUCCUGAACGCAUUAAAAAUGAACUUUUGGAAAGCAUGAAAAGGAAAAAGCAGGAAGCAGAAGAAAAUAAAAAGGAUAAAAUUAAUUAUGUUUAUUAUGAUACAGAAAUUCAUUGGUGUAAACAUUGUCAAGUAUUUCCAAAAACAGCAAAGGAUUAUUUGAGUCAUUUACAUUCAAAAGAUCAUCUCGAUAAAAUCGCUAAUCGUAGCACAGAAGGUCCUUGGCGUGCCAGUUUUCAGAAAUUGAAUGAAGCUACUAAUCAUCCAGACGCACCUACUGAAAAAGUCCCAAUUAAAGGACUUCAAUUCUUCGAACCAUCAAUGGCUUGGUAUUGUAAACUUUGUGAACUUUUUAUGGGCGAUUCAUGGUGCGUUUCGUUGCAUUUGAAAAGUGACAUUCAUGCUCAACGAUAUAAUAAAUUGAUUGAACGAGAGCCUAAAUUUGAAGAAAAAUGGCUGGAAGCUCGUAACAAAGCUUAUGAGUUAUCAGGGGCAGUUGUCAACUCAGAUCCAGCAGCAAACAAUUCUAAUGACAAACAAAUUUCAGAAUCAAACAAUAGCAAAAAGGCGUCAGACAAAAAGAUUAAAAAGAAGAAAAAUAAAAAGGAUAGUAAAAAAAAGCGUAAACAUGGCAAAAAACGCAAACGUGGUUCCUCGUCAUCUUCCAGUGAUUCUGAGGAUAAUUCUGACUCAAGUUCAGGAUCUGACACUAGCUCAAAAAAGAUUGAAAGUGAUCAUGCUGAUAAAAAUUCAAUUAGAGUUGCAAUGAGAAAUAUUCUUAAUAAAGGUUCAGCAGCUGAAAAUGACGAAAAAUCUGGCAAAUGGACGAUGAUUCCGAUAGAUUCAAAUAAGCCACAAGUUCCACCGGCACCAACAAUUUCCGCGCAUGGUGCUAAAGAGAAUAAAAAGGAUGAACAAAUAAUUGGACAAUGGAGUACAGUUGAGCCAAUAAUUUCUCAAGAGGAAAAACGUUUAUUAGAGAAUUUAAAAGGACGUUUGAAGACAAAUCAAAAACAAGAAUCAACUGAAAAGGAUAAGCAACAAAUUGUCGAGAAGAAGGAUACAAUUAAAGAAAAAGAAAAGGAUAGAGAUCGCGAUAGAGAGAGAUUAAGAAGUCGUAGCAGGGACAGAAAUCGAAGUGAUAGGAAUUAUCGUGGUCGAAAAAGUCGUUCUCGAUCAAAAUCAAGGUCAAGGUCACCAAGAAAUCGAAAUAGAGAUCACAGAUAUCGACGUCGUUAUUCAAGAUCUAGAUCACCUAAACCAUCAAAAUAUGAGAAGUCAUCACUUAAUUUCCCUGCUGAACCUAAAUUACCACCAUUAAAGGACGAAAAGAAGCUACCAUCUCGUUCUUAUAAUUCUUCAACGAAAAAAGACGAUUCAUCGUCCUCAAGUGUUGCUAAUGCUUCAAAGAAAAUGCCAUUUAUUGGAAAGAUGCCUGUAUUUAAAAAGCAAAUGAUUGAGAAGAAAAUCGAAGACCAGCAAGAGCCAGAAAAGAAGGAAGAUAAAACUACUGACAAAGAAAAGUUUGAUGAAAAGGCAAAGAAUUCAAAUGAGAAAUGGGACGAUUUAAUGCCUGAUCCAUUACAGUUUUCUGCAAUGAUGAAUUCAGUUUCUAAUCAACAAUCUCAAAUUCAAGUACAACCGCCUAUGCGAAAUGAUGAAACGGAAGUUCCACCUGGAUUAGAUCCUGAUUCUGAUUAUCCAAAACCAAUUAGUGACGCGCCACCUUUAAAAACGGGUCCAUUACCAAAAGAUUUUCAAGAAACUUUAGAUUUAUUAUUUGAUGGUGAUUUGUGCAGGAAAGUCAUAGAAACUCCACCAAUUGAAGUUCCACAACCCGAAAUUCAGCCUAUAAUUCAGCCAACUGACGGUCCACAAAUGAUAUUGCCAGAAGAGCUCUCACAGCAUGCAAUUUUGUACGGUAAUUUCUUUCCACAAUCCACAAAUAUUCAGCCAGUUCCACCACCACCACCAAUGACUGAAAAAUUACCAGAAACUGAUGGUGAUCAAAAUGAAAGCAUAGAUAUGAUUGACGAAGAACCGACUGACAAGUUUGGAAAAAGUCAAGAAGACAUAGACGAUCUUGCAUUAUUGGGAAUCGACGUUAAUGAUGUAGGAAGUGGAUUGUGGUAAAUUGUUUAAAAAUCGUUUAGUCAGUAUCAGUAAGAGUGUUAUCAAUAAUUUUUGUUCUAAAGUCCUAUCCAAUUAAAUUUGCAAACUUAAUCACACAUUUUGACUCAAUAAAAACUCUUUUCAGUACAUCAAUAUAA